AUGCAUUCCAAACCUACAUUCGUAACAACUGUCGCCAAGGAGUAUCCGGUUGUGUCAAAUAGUCAAGAUGCACUGCCAACCAAGAAGUCCGAACUUGUCGUCUCGAAUCAGUUUGCUGAGAAACCGUCCACGCCUGGACAGAAUGCGGACAUGCCCAUCACUGACCUUUACCUAACGUUCGACACCAUACUUCCAGUUCCAGGCUAUGAAUCCGCGCCCCAGCAUGACAGUUUACCACCGUGUCCGGAUCUUAGUCGCUAUGGGAAUCCUACGAAAUUGCCCAACACGAAAAAGAAUGUUAUGCUCUUCCUGUCAUGCAUUGCAACGUGCCUGACGGCAUAUACCGCUGGCGCCUACUCUCCUCCUGCCGGACUCCUGGCCACUGAGUUUGGAGUAUCCCGGACCGCCGUCCUGACUGGUAUUACCCUAUUCACCGUAGGUUUCGGCAUUGCUCCGAUGGUUUUGGCUCCCUUCUCCGAGGUCAAUGGUCGGUACCCAGUCUUUGUGGUGUCCGGAAUCGUAUUCGUGGUCUUUCAAGCUGUCUGCGGUGUAGUCACCAACCUUGGAGGCAUGCUCGUCGCUCGGUUCCUGUGCGGUGUCGGUGGCAGCGUUUUCAGUACCAUGGUGGGCGGGGUGAUCGCCGACUUGUGGGUGAAGGAGGAACGCAACACGCCGAUGGCUCUCUAUAGUGGUGCUGUUCUCAUCGGUACCGGACUCGGACCGUUGGAUGCUAGCUUGAUGGUGUAUCGAUUGAGAGGCGACGGGGUCACCGGCGCUGGUGCGAGGUGGAGAUGGGUCUUCUGGCACCAAGUCAUAGCUGAUGCCGUUCUGGUCAUUGCGCUCACCGUGUUUUUUAGCGAGAGCAGGGGAAGCGUCUUGCUCAGGAGGAAAGCGAAGAAGCUCAACCAAUGGUACGAAGCCCUGGAGAAAGCAGGUGUCUUUGGUGUCUGGAUCAAAGAUCCAGCGAAUCUUGAUAUUGCGGCCGUUGGACAAGAGUCAUUCUAUGGUGACGAUAUGGAGAAAGCAGUAUCGACGACCACGUGGGGAAGCGAACAAGCGAUGGCUGCAAGCGGCUUCAGGCUUGAACGAGUCAGGUGGCUCCUUAAAGAGGACGAGCAGCACGCAUCGCUCGUGACCAUGAUUACAGUAUCCUUGAUCAGGCCAUUCCACCUUCUCUUUACCGAGCCCGCCGUAUUUUUCUUCUCAUUGUGGGUUUCGUUUGCGUGGGCCGUCCUAUAUUUGACGUUUGGGUCCAUCCCACUGGUGUUCUCUCGCCAGCACGGCUUCAACCUGGAGCAGUCGGGCUACAUCUUCAUAGCCAUGAUUGUUGGUUCGAUCAUAGCCACGGCCAUGGGCGUCUACCAAGAGUCCCUUCUCAAAUAUCCCAAAUGGCAACGCAAGACAGGGGCGGUGGGGGCGGCGGAGAUAGACCACGACGGGUCUCAAGGCAGGUUCUGGUCUUUCAUGCGCCGGCGCUUCCCCGUCGAGGCCCCCGAGUCCCGAAUCUACUUUACCUGCUUGUCAAGCGUCCUCCUGCCACUCGGCUUAUACAUGUUUGGCUUUGCCUCCAAACCCUCCAUCCACUGGAUCGUGCCCGCCCUCGCCAUCGCCCUCGCCACCAUGGGCAUCUACACCAUCUACUUGGCCACCUUCAACUACCUGGCCGACAGCUACCACAGCUACGCCUCCUCGGCGCUGGCCGCGCAGUCCUUCUGUCGGAAUAUGCUGGGUGGCGCAUUCCCACUCGUUGUGGGCCCGCUGUUCAUCAACCUGGGCGAGUCUGCUGCUGGGGGUUUGCUGGGAGCCAUCGCUACCGCGUUGACGAUUGUCCCGUGGGUGCUGGCCAUCUAUGGAGAGAAGAUUCGCAGGCGGAGCAAGUUCGCUGUGGCCCUAGAACAUGAACAGUGA